CGAUAUUGUUCAGGUCUUCGCUCACUCAUACCAUACAACGUGUUCUAUCUCGUCAGACCACCCACUCGAGAUACACACUCAUCAUGUCCGGCGCCAACCUGAACGCAUCCACCUCUACGACCUCUUCAUCGGCGACCACCAUCACGCCCAGGACCUCCCCUUCACCACGAGAAACGCAGAACGGCAGGUUCGCCUCGCUUUCUCCCUCGAAACCAGGAGGACUCGUUCGACGUCCCAGUCUGGCUAGGCAGACGACCGUCACUCCGGGUGCUGGCGGUGUUGUUACCGGUUCGAAUGCUGCGGAUAGGAGGAGGUCGUUGGUCAACGGGGCCGGAGCGGGGGUGGAAGGUGUCAAGAGUCCUGGCGAGUUGACGGUGUUUGUGGACAAGCUGUUAUCAGACCUGGAGGGGAAGUUUGAUUCGAUGUCACACGAUCUAUUAGAGCGAAUGAACCACAUGUCGGACCGUAUAGACCAGAUCGAGACGUCGAUUCAUGAUCUCAUUUCUACCGACCUCGAUCACGACCAUCAUCACCACCAACAACAACAACAGCAACAGUAUCCCGCAGUCUCUGUUUCCAACUCGGACCUGGACGAUUCUCGCGAUAAUGGGCAGACGGGAAGGGAUGUCGAGGGCCAGGGCGGAAAUGGGAGCAGAGUCGGGAGCGAACAGAGCUUGUUGCUCGCCGAGCCGCCUUUGGGGGUCGUCGAGGGAAGCCCCUAGACGUGUGUCGGGGGAUCGGCCCAAGCAAGAAACGAGAGAGGGAAAUGGAUAGACGUAAUGACUUGUUGUUUUUCUUUCUCUCAUAACGACUUUUUACGGGACUUUGGGUUUGUACGGUUCGGGUUGUAUGACUAUCUAUCAUCUUGCGACAUUGUGUUUGGCCGUCAGGCUGAUCAGGCUCGACUGCUCGGGCGGCACUGUCAGUGGUUCGGGCAUAUCUAGGCCGAGGAUGAGGAAAAGGAGACGGUAAAGCAC